AUGGCAGUCUCUGUCCGGCGUUCGUCGACCAUCAGACGAACAGACCGUUCCACUUCGCACCAAGAAGCACCCGCGGCUUCUUCUCACGAAUUGGAGCAUGGGCUCAGAGAUGCCUCUCCAGACCAUCUUUUCUCGCUGUUCGUAUCCCUGGUGGCACAAGUCCACCUCGGCAUCAGUGAUGUUGAACAGGGCUUCAUCGCCGGAUUCAUGCACAAAGAGGUGGCCGUGGCGGAUUUUGGGGCGCGAUUUGUUGGUCGAGGACGAUCCUUUAGCGUUCGCUGUCUGAAAUUUAGCCCGCCCGACAAGAGUCUGGCUCUGAAAAGUGUCUUGCCCUUUGGCGACUUCAGCAGCUGGGAGGAGAGAGAAAGGCUGGGAGAUUUGAUCUUGGAGCUGCGGUGUCUGAGCCAUCCCUGGCUUCGCGGCCACCCAAACAUCAUACAGCUGCUAGGCCUUGGUUGGGAAACAGAUCCAGCACACCUCGCUAGGAAAUGGCCAGUCUUGAUCCUCGAGUAUGCCGACGGCGGCACCCUGCAAGACUUUCUUGGGCGACAUCAAGACCUCACCUUCCGCGAGCGCGUCAAACUCUGCCUGGACAUCGCGACUGGCCUGUAUGCGUUGCAUCGCUGUGCGGUGGUGCAUGGGGAUCUGAAGCCUGCAAAUGUGCUGGUUUGCCUCGAGGUCGACCAUGGUGACCGCAAAGAGUGGACAGCAACCCUGGCCGAUUUCGGUGGGUCUGUCCUUGAUGUCGGAGAGCAUGAGCGUGGUCGCCUGGCCAUGGGGAGUUUCCCGUGGCAAGCACCGGAGUGGAAAGACUGGUUGAAUCGACAGCAGCUCUUGGCCACCGACCUUUAUUCGCUAGGGCUGCUCAUUUGGAGCGUGAUGGCGGGAGGAUUGGAGCCCGUGGUCCAAGACGUCGAGCUUUUUGGCCUGGAAGAACACAGGGACGAUUUCAACGUCUUUCAACAGCAGGUCUCAGAGCUGAAACGUCACAGACCUGCGCACUUCGUCGAGUGUCUCAUGCAAGCUGCAAAGACACAUUUUGCACCACAGGUGGACCACAGAUUGAUAGCCCAGUUGUUGGCCGUAACAGUGGUGACUGACCCUGCCCUUCGCAGCAUCGAGACCUUACGCGGCUUGCUUGAGCAUGCGCUGGACCAAGACGAAGUGCCAACUCUCGUCGACCAGUCUCUUCGGAUACCAGGGAAGAAAGAUGAGGGAGACGAGUUCUCGUUCGCUCCCAUCACCACAAUCUCCCACCUAGAAAACAUCCUGAUGGGCCCAGACAUGCUCGACACAUUGGGUCCCACCAUCCUGGAAUAUGUCCGAGAGCGGCUGAGAGACACGUUUUGGCGAAGUGAGGAAAGUGGACAACGAGCAUCCGCAGCUUUUUCACUGGCAAUCGACGCUCUUCGCUCGAGGUCGGGGCCCGAAGCAGAGGCUGCGUGUCUGGAAUGGCUUCAACGCGCAGCUCAAGCAGGAAACCAGUCCGCACAAAGCCUGCUUGUCCGAUUUCACCGGACAUUCCAGCGUGAAAUCCCAUCGGCCGUACAGGCAGAGAUCGAGGGCUGGAUUGUCGGCGCAGCCGAGCGCAACUAUCCGGCUGCCCAUGAGGACCUGCACCUUGUCCUCACCCCUGAAGAGAGCCAAAGCGUGUGGCGAAGAGUGAGAUCACGGUUCGCCAACAUUGGAUGGAACCGUUUCGCGCCGCUGUACGAGAACAUGUCUGUCAGCUUGGAACAGCUCGAUCGGGAUACCCUGAUAUCGAUGACCGAGCGCAUGCAGAGGCCGGGCUUUGUCCCAACGCAAUUUGAUGUCAACGAGCAUGGAGACAGUCUCCUUCACUUCGGUGCGUCCGCCGGCCUCAAGCAUGUCGUGGCUGCGUUCGCCGGCCCCAACCUUGUCGUGUCGCCAUGGAAGCUGGCAAUGCCUCUCGAUAUAAAUUCCUUGGGUCGCUGGGACGAAUCGGCUCUGCUUCAUGCGUGCCGCUCCGGUCACUUUGCGAUCGCGAUGAACCUGCUCGACUGCGGAGCCAAUCCGACUCUUGCAAGUACUGCAGGCGACACACCCCUCCAUUGGGUGUUGAGCUUUGAAGGAUCAGAAGCCGAACAGCUUGCACAAAGGCUUGUCGUUGCUGGCGCGGCUGUGAACGCGGUGGCGAAAGAACACAAAUACCAGUGGGCGCCCUUGUGCGACUACGAACGCGGUACGCCCCUUCACCGGGCUGUAGGCAGGGGCCGAGUCGAUGCGGUCGAAGCUCUCCUGAAAGUGGGAGCUGCCGCGGACGAUGAAGGCGACCGGCCCGACCAGAAAUGCCCCAUAUAUCUCGCGGCGCAAUUCUAUUACCCCGAGAUUCUGGACCUGUUGCUUCGUUCUUUGGAUAUCCAUGCGCCGGCGGCGAGGCGCUAUCGCGGUCUGUCGCUGUUGGUCGCGGCCAUACAUGGCACCGACUUGUACGGUCUCAGGUUCUCCAUGGUAGCCCGUCACGGCGAGAAAUGGCUCUCGAAUCUCCAUCGGACGGUCGACGUCCUCCUGGAGCAUGGGGCGUCUGAGCACCUGCACCACUUUCCCGCCGGCCUGGACUGCGCAGGCACGACACCUUUGCAAGUUGCUGUGGGCAUGGGCAGCUCUGAGAUACUCAGUUAUCUCCUCGUUCACAAGGGGUGCGCGUCGGAAGUGAACAUACGCACCUUUGUCUGGUACUAUGGCACGCAAAUGGUUCCCUUGGCCACAGCCAUCUACCGCGCUCAAAAGGAGGCGUUUGAUAUGCUUCUAGCCAGCGGUGCAGACCCUUUCCAGCCUCACUUCGAUGACGACGGGAAACAGCUAUCGUAUUUGUGGCAGUGCGCCUUUGCCGGGCAUCGGGACGGCUCCUUUGCUCGGACUCUCCUGGCUCGUGGCGUCCCCGUUGAUCAACGCCCCCCAGGCUACGAGACCGCUUUUGCAGCCGCCGUGCGUAACCGAUGUUUCCAGCUGGCCAAGUUUCUUCUCGAAAACGGGGCGGACGCACAUCUGGAGUUUCAGGAAGGGCUUUACCUGCAGUCCUCAGACGCUGCCACCGUGCUGGACUACCUCAUCCGUGAGCAAACUCGGUCGGCUUUAGGUGCGAUUGAGUGGCUGUUGCACGAGGUGCCGGACAUGAACUUCAUCGUCUCAUCCAGCAAGCAACGCAGCGUAUUGCACAGUUGCGCGGUGGCCAAGAUGUGGAGGACCAAUGAAGCUGGGGAGGGAGGGUGCAAGCUGAUUGCCGACACGCUCAUGGCCCAUUUCAAGCCUGUGCAGGAGCAGCUGGACAUGAAAGAUGCCGAUGGGCAGACAGCGCUGUACUGCGCCACCGUGAUGAACAACCAUGUCAUGGUCAGGGUUCUGGUGGAUGCGGGAGCACACCCAGGCGUCGAGAAUGACGCCGGUCUGUCGGCCGUCGACGUCAAUUCCAUGAUAUUGCAAAUGCUGGAAGAGGGCGAUCCCAGGCUGACCGAUGAGAUCGAUCCCCGGCCCAUCACGGCACAGAUCAGGAGCAGGGUACAGAAGCAGACUCUGAUCCGUCAAUCUUUGCUCCCGGAUACCUGA